AUGCAGUUCGGUCUCCUCUCUCUCUUGCUCGGUAGCGCUCUAGCGGCACCUGCAGCUUCAGGAUCUGGCUACAUUGUUCGUCUCGCAGAUGGCACGCCUCUCGAGAGCAUCCUCUCGUCACUGCCUGAUCUGUCAUCAGCAGGCGUUCGACCCUUCAGCAUCAUCAACGGAUUCGCGCUGCCUUCAGAAGCUGCUCCCCUUGUCGCAGUCCUCAAGCUGCUCCCUGGUGUUCUCUCGAUAGAGGAUGAUAUCACCAUGUUUGCAUCUGCUACACAGAGCAACGCACCCUGGGGUCUCCAGCGCAUCUCUACCCAAAGUCGCGUCGCUUCAACGACUGGCACACCAAAUGAGAAAUUGCCUGCAUACACAUACACCUACAACGAGAACUUUGCUGGACAAGGUGUUGAUGUCUACGUUGUCGACACUGGUAUCCGAUGCUCGCACUCUGCUUUCGAAGGACGUGCUCUGUGUCCAUCAGACGGCAAUCUGUUUGAUGGUGGCGUCAAUGUCGAUGACAACGGUCACGGCACGCACUGUGCUGGUACUGUCGGUUCUUCUCUCUACGGUGUUUCAAAGAAGGUUCAGCUCGUUGGAGUCAAGGUUCUUGGCGCUGAUGGCUCGGGUGCGACUAGCAACAUUAUCCUCGGUAUCCAGUAUGCAGUCGAGCGCAGUCAGGCAUCUGGCAAGAACUCAGUCAUUUCGAUGUCUCUCGGUGGUGGUGCUUCAAGCGCUUUGGACGCAGCUGUGAAGGCUGCAACCACGAACGGAGUGCAUGUUGCUGUUGCAGCUGGUAACGAGAACCAGGAUGCCAACAACGUCAGCCCUGCCCGUGCCGGUCUCAACUCUGCUGUUGUUUGUGUUGGUGCUCACGACAUUACUGAUGCUCGUGCUUCAUUCAGCAACUAUGGUACUCCUGUUACUGUCUUUGGUCCUGGUGUCAAUACCUUGAGCACCUGGUUCCGCAGCGACACCGACUCCAAUGUCAUCAGUGGUACGUCGAUGGCUACGCCUCACACUGCCGGUGUCUUGGCCUAUUACCUUUCAGACCCUAGCUACAGUGCCUUCUCACCUGCUGAACUGAAGCAAGUCUUGGUCGGCAAGUCGCAGAAGGGUGUCAUUGCUCUCGGCAAGACCAAGGGACUGCUUGGUCUGUUUGCAGAGGAAGUGUCAAAGACGACUGUCAACAACUUGCUACAGCUUUAG